GCAAAUAAAGGAACUUAUCUGCCCGCAAUUAGGGGAUCCACUCUUGCCCCUGUUCCUCAUGUUUCCUUCUAAACUUUAGCCGUGAAUUUUAUUUUAUGGUUUUAAAAGUUUAAACCCUAAUCUAAGAUCAGUCAAUUUUCUGAUAAUGUCGACUAAUUGGAGAAGAACUCUGGGAAACGUGAGGAGCUUUGUUGGGAAUUCCAUGGGAGGUCUUAGAGGAGGAAGCAACCUUGCUUCCUGGCUCGUCGCAGGAACCCUAGCUUACUUUCUCUGGAUCAAGCCCUCACAGGACCUCAAGAAAGAACAAGAGCAAAGGGCAGCGCUUGCUGCUGCAGAUCCUUAUCGAUAUGUUGAGAAACGAAAACCUUUACCGGAUCCACAGGAAACUGGAUUGAUGUACGGCAACAAAAACAAAACAAACAAGCAGGUGGAAUAGUUUGCUUCACAUGCUCCGCUUGUAAGUUAGUAUGUUGGGUGGCUUGUCAAGUAUAAUGGUAAUCCAAUAUGUUCUACUAGACAUGAUGACGUCUUUUUUUUUAACAAACCUUUUGUUCGGCCUAGUUUAGUUGUUGGCUACAUUUGCUGCUUAGUUAGAGAAUGAGAGCUUCGCACAUACUGCAAAAAUUGUAAACGCGAAGAUACUCAAAAACGCCGAUGAUCAUGUAAAGGUGUAGCAAAAGAUCAAUAAUAUACUAGCAAGAAACUAUUGAGUCUA